UACACUUCCUAGCACACACCAAGGCCACCCCUCUACUUCAGUCUCUUCCUCCUUGUACUCUAGUGAUCGUCGGUGAGAAAGAGAGGCAUGGCCUUUUCCGUGGCCAAGAUCCCAGCGUCCUUCGCCGUGUUCAUGGCCCUAGCCUUCCUCCUCCGUCCCUGCGCGUCCGUCGAGAUCCACCGCAAGCUCUCCGGCUGGUCCAACGGCGGCGCCACCUGGUACGGCGGCCCCAACGGCGCAGGGAGCGACGGUGGUGCAUGCGGGUACCAGGACGCCGUCGACCAGGCGCCCUUCUCCUCCAUGAUCGCCGCAGGCAGCCCGUCCAUCUACCAGGACGGCAAGGGCUGCGGCUCUUGCUACCAGGUGAAAUGCACCGGCCACGGCUCUUGCUCGUCCAGCCCGGUGACCGUCGUGCUCACCGACCUGUGCCCAGCUGGCGAGGCGUGCCUGGGAGAGCCCGUCCACUUCGACCUCAGCGGGACGGCGUUCGGCGGCAUGGCGAAGCCCGGCCAGGCCGACCAGCUCCGCGCCGCCGGACGUCUCCAAAUCCAGUACACACGGGUCCCGUGCAACUGGCCGGGGAUGGACAUAGCCUUCAAGGUGGACGCCGGCUCCAACUCCUACUACCUCGCCAUGCUCAUCGAGUACGAGGACGGCGACGGCGACCUGUCGUCGGUGGAGCUCAUGCAGAGCGGCGGCAACGGCGCGGGCUGGACCAAGAUGGACCGGUCGUGGGGCGCGGUGUGGAGGUACAACUCCGGGGGCAUGCUGCAGGCGCCCUUCUCGGUCCGCCUCACCUCCAGCUCCGGCAAGCCCCUCGUGGCGAGCAACGUCAUCCCCGCCGGCUGGAAGCCCGGCAGCACCUACCGCUCCGUCGUCAACUACUGAAAAGCUAAACUAGACGUGGGUGGGUAGGUUGCACGCAAGCACGCCGCGCGCUCGCCCGUAUGCAGAGGCGUGGCGCCAUCCUGAUUUAUGCUUGGAGCUAUGGGCGUGGGUAUGUGUGUAACCUGACCGUCAUUAAUAAGGCGUGUGUGUGUCGCAAGUGUCUGUGCGCGCCAUUGUUGUGUGUGAAGCUUGUGUUAUCUGUCGGUUUGGUCCAUAUAUGUGAAAUAAAAACUGUAUCGGGGCGGAGGUGGCCGGGAAGAGUUUCUACUUCUGGCCCCUCGCUCUUCUUGUUGCAGUCA